UUACGUUCGAUGUCAAUUGCGGGGCGAUGAAGGACAGCUACGGCGAUUUAUACCUGAUUCACUGUCCCGUAUGUCCGUAUGGUACCUUCUUACGGACGAGUUUCGUGGAGAGCCUCCGGCUUCCCUCCGCAAGAUGCGGGGUCUUGUAACCACCUGUAUCAACGUGAGGAGCUUAUCUAUAAGCUCGAGCUCCUGGAUUUUGACUGUCUCAACUUUGAGGUUCCAUCACGUUUCCCUACUUAGUCCUGUGCUGUUUCUUGAACACUUAUCAACAUGACAUCCUCAGACGCUCUCCCGUCAAGUCAACGAGUUGUUCCCGGAUCUGUGGAUAUUCCCAUCGCACCAUGGCCGGUAACGACCAAAGAUGAAACCGUAGAUGCCUCUGCGGUCUCUUCUCAGAUUAUAGACUCUUUCAAUAGCUCGCUCGCAGCACGAGAUUAUAAGGCCCUUGCGAACCUCUUCGUCGAAGAAAAUAGCUACUGGCGGGAUCAUCUCGGUAUGACCUGGGAUUUCCGCACAGCAAAGGGAAGAGAUAAGAUUAUUUCUUUCUUAGAAAAAGGCCAUUACCUGAAGAGUAUUGGAACAGACCGAGAGUAUCCAGUCAAAAAUGCUGGACCAGAAGUAGCAGACCUGCGAGGCGACGGGACCGUAUACGGAAUUCAAUUUUAUGUACGAACUACCUCUGAGCAUGGAAUUGGUCCUGGGCUUGCUCGUCUCAUCAAAGUCAAUGGAGAAUGGAAAAUAUGGACCUUAUUCACUUCGAUGCAAGAGCUUAAUGCUCACCCAGAACCAGUUGGACGUUUGAGACCAAUCGGUGUCCAGCAUGGGGCACAAGCCGAUAGGAAAAACUGGCUUGAUAGAAGGGAAGCGGAAUUCAAUUUUGAGAACGGUGACCCCGAAGUACUCGUUAUUGGAUGUGGGCAAGCCGGACUUUCAGUACAAGCUCGAUUGAAAAUGCUCGGAGUCCCCACACUCGCCAUUGACAUAUGUGAUAAUAUCGGCGACAACUGGAGGGGGCGCUAUCAUCAACUCGUGCUGCACGAUGCUGUGUGGUACGACCACCUCCCUUACUUGCCAUUCCCCGACUUUUGGCCCGUAUUUACUCCCAAGGACAAACUAGCCGAAUUCCUGAAAUCGUACGCUGAAAUGCUCGAGCUCAACGUGUGGAAUAACACAAGCCUAGAGUACAGUUCGUGGGAUGACAAGAAAAAGCAAUGGACCGCGGUUCUGAAGCGGGGUAAAAAGGACGGCAGCGUCGAAGUACGCGUAAUGCAUCCGAAACAUAUCAUCCAAUGCACCGGCCAUUCUGGAAAGAAAAACUAUCCGAAUUUCAAAGGCCAAGAGAAUUUUAAGGGCGACGUACUUUGCCAUUCUUCUGAUUUCCGAGGUGCCAAGAAAAAUGGUAAAGGUAGAAAAGCAAUCGUGAUCGGCGCCUGCAAUUCGGCGAUGGACAUUUCCCAAGAUUUCUACGAAAAGGGCUAUGAUGUAACUAUGAUCCAGCGAUCUUCAACGACGGUCAUGACUAGCAAGGCAGUAUUGGAUCUUUUGCUUUGGCCCUCAUAUCGCGAGGGUGGUCCUCCGACCGAAGAAGCGGACUUGUUGACAUGGGGUAAACCGGGUGAGGUUUAUAAGGCGAUCCAAUUCGAUCUCAACGAGCGCCAGCAAGUUCAAGACAAGGACAUCCUCGAAGGUCUUAAUAAAGCCGGAUUCAAAACCGAUAGAGGUCCGAUGAACGCCGGACUGUGGACCAAGUAUCUUCAACGCGGUGGCGGAUACUAUAUCGACGUUGGUACCUCGCAAUUGAUCAUUGACGGUAAGGUGAAGGUUAAACACGGGCUCGGCAUAAGUGAGAUCUUACCGCACGCCGUGAAGCUCGAGGACGGAACGGAGUUAGAAGCAGACGAGAUUGUCUGCGCAACGGGCUACCAGAACAUGAAGACGGCCACAGAGGUAAUAUUCGGAGACGAGAUCGCGAGCAAAGUUAAGUCCAACGUAUGGGGCUACGACGAGGAAGGCGAGACGAAGGUGAUGUGGCGACAAAGUGGUCAUCCCGGCCUCUGGCUUCACGGAGGUAACCUGGCUAUGUGUCGGUACUUCUCUCGACUCGUCGCUAUUCAGAUCAAAGCGCAGUUGGAGGGAUUGUCGAAGAUAUCUGACCUCUAGGUUGAUAUAUAGUUGUAUAUGUAUGAUUGAAACUGUUCCGUAAUACAGGCGCCCGCUGUUGUUAUCUCCGGGUUUCAGGGGCAUAGCAAAACGGUUUUAUCAAUUUUGUUUACAAUAUCAAGUUUGGGUCGUCUCAUUGCAUUAGAAAGUUCUACGCUCAAUGAACUUAAUUUACA